GGCCAUGCCACCUCCUGGGAAAGUUCCCCGGAAGGAGAACCUGUGGCUACAGUGUGAGUGGGGGUCCUGCUCCUUUGUGUGCUCAGCUAUGGAGGAGUUCUGUGAGCACGUCACUCAGCACCUGCAGCAGCACCUUCAUGGCUCUGGGGAGGAGGAUGAAGAGGAAGAGGAUGAUGACCCACUUGAGGAAGAAUUCUCUUGCUUGUGGCAGGAGUGUGGCUUUUGUUCUCUGGAAAGUUCUGCUGACCUCAUCCGCCAUGUCUACUUCCACUGCUACCACACCAAGCUGAAACAGUGGGGGCUGCAGGCCUUGCAAAGCCAGGCUGACCUCAGCCCCUGCAUCCUGGACUUCCAGAGCCGGAACGUCAUCCCUGACAUCCCCGACCACUUCCUGUGUGUGUGGGAGCACUGUGAGAGUUCCUUCGACAAUCCAGAGUGGUUUUAUCGGCAUGUGGAAGCGCACAGCCUGUGCUGUGAAUACCAAGCAGUCGGCAAGGACAACCAUGUGGUGCUGUGUGGCUGGAAAGGCUGUACCUGUACCUUCAAGGACCGCUGUAAGCUUCGAGAGCACCUCCGUAGCCAUACCCAGGAGAAGGUGGUGGCCUGCCCCACCUGUGGGGGCAUGUUUGCCAACAACACCAAGUUCUUGGAUCACAUCCGUCGCCAGACCUCAUUGGAUCAGCAGCGCUUCCAGUGCUCUCACUGUUCCAAGAGAUUUGCCACGGAGCGGCUCUUGCGGGACCACAUGCGCAACCAUGUGAAUCACUAUAAGUGCCCUCUGUGUGACAUGACCUGCCCGCUGCCUUCCUCCCUCCGCAACCACAUGCGCUUUCGCCACAGCGAAGAUCGGCCCUUUAAAUGUGACUGUUGUGACUACAGCUGCAAGAAUCUGAUUGACCUCCAGAAGCACCUGGAUACCCACAGCAAGGAGCCAGCCUACAGGUGUGAUUUUGAGAACUGCAGCUUCAGUGCCCGAUCCCUCUGCUCUAUCAAGUCCCAUUACCGCAAAGUGCAUGAAGGAGACUCAGAGCCAAGGUACAAAUGUCAUGUGUGUGAUAAAUGCUUCACACGAGGCAACAACCUCACAGUGCACCUUCGCAAGAAGCACCAGUUCAAGUGGCCCUCAGGGCACCCCCGUUUUCGGUACAAGGAGCAUGAAGACGGCUACAUGCGGCUGCAGCUGGUUCGCUAUGAGAGUGUAGAGCUGACACAGCAACUGCUGCGGCAACCACAAGAGGGAUCGGGCCUGGGAGCAUCACUGAAUGAGAGCAGCCUGCAGGGCAUCAUUCUAGAAACAGUGCCAGCGGAGCCAGGACCUAAGGAAGAGGUGGAAGAAGAAGAGGGUGGGGGCAGUGAGAGGACAGCCUUUUCAGCCUCUCAGGACAACUCCAGCCCUGUUAUCCACAUGAUGAAUCAGACCAGCGCUCAAGGCCAGCAAGAGAUUGUCUACUAUGUGCUAUCUGAAGCCCCAGGAGAGCCCCCUGGACCCCCUGAGUCACCCUCAGGGGGCAUCAUGGAAAAGCUUCAAGGAAUAGCUGAGGAGCCGGAGGUCCAGAUGGUGUGAAUGCUGUAGAGCGUGACCAUUCCUACACCAAGCCCCAGAGUUUGAGCCAGGCAAGUGGCAGUGCCCCUAGUGGGCAGCCUUUGCCAAUGGAUGCCUUUAAGAAUGGUGCUGAGAGCAGUGUGGUCCACUCUGGCCCGGGCUUGCAUCAUUCUGCAGACUCUAAGGACUUCCCUUUUGUGCCAGACUGUGUUUUGUAGGGAGUCUGAGGGGUUUGGAUUCUUUGAGGGGAUCUGAAUGUGUGUGUUCUUGUUAAGGGGGCUAUUAUCAGGCUUAACCAUAACCCCGAAGACACGCUGGACGGUGAUUAAAUCCUUAAGUUAACUCACAUCCAUUCCUGUAUUUAGGGGUCCUUAAGCCCAGGCAUGAUGUAUGACUGGUCUCUGCAAGGGCCCUUUCCUUGUCACCAGCCAAGGCAUUGAGAAGCAAGUAGCCAUUUCCCUCUUAAGGUUUCUCCUAUAACUCCAAGGACUUUCAUGGUUAUCCUCAGGGACGGGAUUGGAGGCACUGAGUGUGUGUGUAACAGUUGUUUUUGGUAAUAAAAGAGAUGUUUGGGCUGUUA